ACAUGAAAGUCCCGUCCGUCAUUUCACUAACAAAUCGUCCCCCGAGAUCCUUGAAAUUUAUAUGACGUGGUUUGACCCGACUACCGAGGAUUCAGGAUGAGACGUCAAAAUGGAGCGGGGUGAAAAUCGCCGUUUCGUUCUGGAGCUUGAAGCUUGGAGGAGAAUGUGGAUACCAUGUUUGUCCUUUCAUCAGCUGAGUCAUUUGGAGGCAGUGCAAGGGAGAAGGUUGGAGCGCGGAGAGUUGACGAUGGACGAUGGACGAUGGACGAAUCGGAGAGUCGGAUACGUAAUUCUUUCUGGUGGAGAACUAUGACAUCAAGGAGGUGAGGAGGUGAGUUUGAGGGGUGGGAAAAUGACGUAUGUGAGGAGUUAGAAGCGGGGUUCGAAGGUUUAAGAGGGUAAUGACGUCGAUGUUGACGUUUUGAAUUCGGGUCGAGGGAUUGGUGCUUCAUAGGUCGGUGGUUUCGUUUCAGUGGAGUGGAAGGAAGGAAUGUGUGGAGGUUUGGUACUGUGGGUGGCAGGGAUGUAAUGGUGGUUGCAAGUGGUCGUCGAUCGUCGAUUUGGGUAAGGAGGCAUGAGGAUGAAUGGAUGGAAGACGGAGAAUGUGAUAUUGAUGAUUCAAAGCUGCGAAAUAAAUAAAUAAAAACAAGUAUCAUGACAUUCUACCAGAAUAGAUGAUGUACGUACAACGACUAUGAAAAGUACUCCUUCACUC